AUGACAAAUCAAACAAUCCAGGAAGCCCUCGGCCACGGGCAGGGAAAUGAUCUCGGAAAUUCAGACGGCCACCGAAUCGAGUACGUGGAAACCAUUGAGGCUUAUAACAAAUGGGCAGAAGUCUAUGAUACAGACGGAAACUUCCUGCAAGCACUCGACACCUUCGAGAUGAAGGAUUUGCUCCCGCGCUUUCUGUGCCUUGUGCAGACACAGACAAAUGGGAAGUCUAAUAUGACACCAGGCGAGCAGGUACUCAAACUUGUGGAUCUAGGCUGCGGUACGGGUCGGAAUACCCUGCAGCUGGCCAAGUCCGCGCCGAAAGAAGCCCAGAUAAUUGGGCUGGAUGCGUCACCGGGCAUGCUGGAGGUUGCUGAAGGGAAUCUCAAAGCUCAGGGUGUAAUGGGCACCGUGGAUGAACGUAGGGUUGUGCUAGGUGUGUAUGAUUUACUGUCGCCUCGGCCAGAAUCUCUACCUGUGUCUUUGCGUGGCGAAGCCAGGGCAUCAGGUGCGAUUUCGACAUUGGUCUUGGAGCAUAUUCCGUUAGACAAAUUUUUCGAAGGCGCGGCGCGAUUAAUUAGACCUGGAGGGUACCUUCUUGUGACGAAUAUGCAUGCGGAGAUGGGAGCCAUUAGUCAGGCUGGGUUCGUGGAUGUGACUAGUGGGAAGAAGAUCCGCCCGACGAGCUAUGCGCAUGAGGUUGGGAACGUCAUUGCUGCUGCGGAGAGGGCUGGGUUUGAAAUUGUGCCAUUAAAUGGAGCUGAGAAAGUAAGGGAGAGAAGGGUGAAUGAAGAGAUGGUGGCACUGUUAGGGAGCAGGGCGAGGAAGUGGGUGAACGUUGUGGUGUGGUUUGGGCUGAGUUAG